AUGACUUCUUAUUCGAAUUAUAAUCCACACAAUCAAACGAAUCCACAAACUCAUCCUGAAGCUUACGAACAAAUGUCACAUAAUCGGAACUCAAAUGCUGCAUUUCAUCAUAAAGUCAAUGUACGUAAACCGGUACCACCUCCAUCAUCAAAAAAUCUGCAUCUAGUCUCAUCACCAGCUUCAUCUUCUCGUCGUGCUCUCUCUUCCAACGAUUCUGAUGACGACUUCCACAAAGUUACUAAUAAAAAAACAAAAAAAGAAGAGAAAAAGAAAGCCAAACAUAGACAAACAGCAGCCUCCCCCAUGCAAGCAACGCUUGAUAUUCCACCAUGUAAUCUCGAUCCAACAUCUUCAAAUGUUCCUGACUCACCACGUCUCACCUCUUCUAUUCCAGCAUUACAAAACGUACAUCAAAAUAAGAUUGAUCAACAUCACCUUCAAUCUCAACACAUUUCAAUAUCGAACGAAUCAACCCGAUACGCACAAACACGAUUCCCGUUCCCACCUUUCAUUGUACGUUUUACAUCAGGGAAGGUAUCACCGAGUCAAAUUAAAGAAGAAAUAAUCGAUCACUGCAAUAAAUUACAUCAGAUAGAAAUUCAAGUUCUUAAUUGUCGUUCAUCAAGUGCAUCGAUUGGUCCCAAUGGAUAUGAUAUUCUUCUUUAUUUAAAAGAUGUUGUUUCUUUUUCUUUCCUACUAGAUAAAUCUCAUUGGCCAAAUUUAUUUAAAAAUGAAGUUUUUACUUUUCCUUCUUGGCCAUCUAUACCACCUCAACUAUGCUUGUUAAUAAAGAAUGUUGAUCUGCAUUACAUACGAUCUUGUGGAAUAUCUGGCUCCUGCCAACGUCUUAAUAUGCUCUAA